UAUAUGAUCAUGAAAUUUGUAUAAAUUAAAAGAAAUGGAUCAAACGUCCAAAUGCCGUUGGAAAAUCUGGUUGGUAAUAUGUUUAUUCUUCAUUUGUUGGUAUUUCAUGAUUCAUAAUGUUAAUUGGUACAAUCUAUCUUCUCCUAGACCCACAUUACGAUCACAAGAAUCAAGCCCGACCGUCGAAAUUUCGGAUUCGAACACGACUCGUAUCGUUGCCAACGACGAGAACAGGAAUCAUGGUUACGAUGGAGGUGAUCAGAUCGAUUGGCUUCAUGACGUAGAUCAAAUGCGGGCACUCGAGAAGGAAUUGGAACCUUUAAUUGAAGAGUUAAAACCGAAACCGUAUAAAAGGGUGAAGGAAAGGGCGAGGGAGAAAGACGAUAUCGAGGAGAAACGAAAACCGGGAUCAGAAGAUGAUGAAAAGAGAGUAAACGAGACGGUUAUCGACGAGGUCGUUGAAGAAAUGGGGAAAACCCGAAGGAGGAACCGAAGGAAUAAACAUUCGUGUUCGGGUCGGUAUAUUUACGUCUACGACCUUCCGUCGAGGUUUAACGACGAAAUACUCGAGGAUUGUCAAGCGUUUAGUAAAUGGCAAAAUAUGUGCCCGUAUGUAGAUAACAACGGGCUUGGGCCAAAUCUUGAGAACCUCCAGAGGGUUUUCUCGAAAUCCGGGUGGUAUUCAACUGAUCAGUUUAUGUUAGAAGUCAUUUUUCGCAAUCGGAUGAAGCAAUACGAGUGCCUUACAAACAACUCAUCGAUCGCUUCAGCUAUAUACGUCCCAUAUUACGCGGGUCUUGAUGUUUGGAGGUACUUAUUUGAUAAUAAUACCUCGUCUCGCGAUGCUUUGGCUCUCGAUUUGGCUGAAUGGUUACGUGAACAACCCGAGUGGAAGACAUCAUUGGGUAAAAACCAUUUCCUCGUCGCGGGGAGAAUAACUUGGGAUUUUCGUAGGGGAUCCGACGAUGGCGAUGCUUGGGGAAACAAACUAAUGUUACUACCCGAGUUCACAAACAUGACGAUUUUAACUAUUGAAAAGAGCCCUUGGAAUAGUAAUGAUUUCGGGAUCCCUUACCCUACAUAUUUCCACCCACAAAACGAUAACGACAUCGCUGAGUGGCAGUAUAAAAUGAAAAGACGGCGAAGGAGAGCUCUGUUCUCCUUCGCGGGCUCUCCACGCCCAAACUUGGAGGAAUCAGUUCGCGACGAGGUUAUCAAACAAUGUGUUGAAUCAAGACGAAAAUGUAGAUUACUACAAUGCUCACACGAAAAUCCAAAGUGUUAUCAACCUAUCGAUGUGAUGAGACUAUUUCAAAGCUCGAUAUUUUGCUUACAACCUCCGGGCGAUUCAUACACACGAAGAUCAACUUUCGAUUCCAUUCUCUCGGGCUGCAUUCCUGUUUUCUUCACCCCUGGGUCAGCGUACGUGCAAUAUCUAUGGCAUUUACCUAAAGAAUUCGACAAGUACUCGGUUCUUAUCAACGAGGAAGAUGUGAAGCAUAAGAAUGUUAGCAUCGAGAGGAUUUUGUCACGGAUUCCGCCCAAGAGGGUUUCGGAAAUGAGAAAUGAAGUGAUCGGGCUGAUCCCGAACGUGGUUUAUGCUGACCCGAAGUCGAGAUUGGAAAAAUACAAGGAUGCAUUCGAUCUAAGUAUCGAUGGGGUUCUUGAAAGAAUUGGGAAUAUUAGUAGCAACAACACAUCAAGUGUUGAUUUUGAUGAGAGAUAUAGUUGGAAACACUUCUUGUUUGGAUCUGUAGAUGAACAUGAAUGGGAUCAUUAUUUUCGUUAUUCCAUGAAUUCAAAAGUGAAACUAGCAGAAGAAGUUGAAGCUAAUCAAAAUAGAUAAUU